GUUGAGGACAGAAUAGAUAUGGCUGCGUCCAGGGGAGGAGUCGUGCUGAAAACAGUGAAGAAAGUGGUUGUGAAGUUUUGUCCGUUUGAAAGUAAUGUUCGGUCUACAAGGGAAUUCCUUGCAGUUGUAGGAACUGAAAAAGCCAGGUCAUCAAACCUCAGCUGUGAAGUAACAUCAGAUGUGAGGCAUGAUAAAUCGGAUCCUAUUGUAGACAUUACCUUUGCUGAUGGAGAAAGGCUUGUAAUGAAAGGCGCAAACCUGACUAGCAAAGAGAUGCUGUCAGCCUUUACAGCCAGAUGUACAGCAAAAGAUCCCCAGGCACAAGAUGGAAAGAAGAAGUAGAAUAGUUGUAUCUGUUUAUGUAUGUCUGUAUAAAACAAUGUUUAAACUCAAGUGAACAAUAGAUAGGCCUAUUAUAUAUUAAAAUAAUAGUGAAAUGGC